AGAAAUGGAGCUGCAGAAAAGGGAAGAUUUGAUUGGUAAAAAAAUAUGGACGUGCUGAACGAGUCCCGAUUGGUAGAGACAGGAAGAUUUGACUAAAAUUAAACCGAAAGUAACUAAACCAGGAACAAGCAGUUUGUUUUACACAGCAACACGGAAAGGACUUGGCUGUUCAUUUACUUAAAUUCACUUGCAUUAAGGAGAAAAAUGGCAUCUGUCAUCUGGAUUCUGUCUGUAGUAUUGUAUGCUGAAUUCAUGUGUGCAGUGUCUGCCGACAAGUUGCUCUCCCUGGAUUGCCAGGAUGAAAACCAUGGGGUCCAUGGCAAGGACUCUUUAUUGAAAUGCUUUCUGAAUUCUGGUGGGGAAAGCGUGAAGGUCACAGCGGCAGCAUGGAGGCGGCCAGGAGAGAAGCGUCCUUUAAUUAUGUUUUUUAAUGACAAAGUUAGAGAGCCAGAAGAUCCACGAUUCUCCUUUAAGCAGUUACAGAUGUCUGGCAGCAACAUAGACGUGUCCUUUCUGGUGAGAGACACAGUGAGGACAGAUGAAGGGAAAUAUGAAUGCGAAGUUGUAACUGACAGCGGUGAAGCCAAAGCAGUUGUAAGCCUUUCUGUCACAGCCACUUACUCCAAACCAGACAUGAGCUCAAUUCCGGAGAAGGACCUUCAGGAGGGAAUGGAAGUCACAUUAUUCUGCAAUGCCUCUGGGGGUUACCCGGUUGGCAUGAUCCACUGGUACGACCAGUACGGCACCAACUGGACCCGCAGUGCAGAAAUGACAGUGGUGGAGACCACGGACAAACGCACAAACUUAUCCAGCAAGUUCACGCUUAAGGCUUCCUCCAUCACUCCUCAGUAUCGGUGCUUAGUGUUAAACAACAAUGGUGUGGAAGAAGGAAAGGCGGAAUUUGACCUUAAAUUUCAGGAAAAAGACACCACAGCCCCGGAGAAGGCGACGGGAGACAAGGGAAGCACGGCCAUUACGGUCAUCGUCUUCGUCAUCGUUGGAUCCCUGCUGUGCGGCCUGCUGAUUUUGGCUCUGCGCAGACGGCGCGCUCAGCAGGCCCGAAGGCCAUCAACUCACCCCAUAUUGGGGGCGAUGUAUGCAAUGAGUCCAGACACGAUGGAAGAAGGUUCGGCAGGUUUGAACAAUACGACGGAAUCUGUGCCUGAACCUUUAAACAAAUGAAGUUGGAUUAUUGCCCCUUCUUCAGGACUGUGUCUAAUCCUUAUAGUAACAAAUCGCUGCACAUUCUGGGGAAAUGCAGGAAUUUUACUUUUCCUUUCUGUGUGACUGUGAACUCAGAGAGAAACUAUGAAUGACUCUACUCCAGCUUUAUUUCUGAUUGGUAGUUUGUCAUGGCAGUGCAAUCAAGAAUGCUUUGGUAAUCCCCUGUGAUGAAUUUACUUUCAGUUGCUCUUUACAGUUCUACCGGACUAAAAACAACUUCCCUUUUUCCCCCCAAAAAGAGCAUCACGUCCUCUUCAUUUCCUGAUAUGGAACCUCAAAUGUUGAAGUUUGUGGAGACACUGCAUGUGAAUUAGUGAUGUGAGAAAAUGUAAUGCUCAAAACAAAGUAUCACACAAGUAAAAUAACACAAACAAAAUGAGGGGAAAAAAAUAACAGGGCAACACAGUUAAGUCGAAUUGUGGAACGUGAUCACAAACUAUUUUACAAAAUGUCAAAAGAUACAGAACAAUAUAAUACAAUAAGCUUGUAUAUAGUGCUCAUUGUGCUGUGCAUUAAAGAGGCAUUAAAAUAAGAAUCAGCAUAGGAACAGGCAAGGCCUAGGCUGUGUCCAAAACGGCUUACUUGCCUACUACUAAGCACACUGGAUAGGAAAAUGUACAUAAUUUUCAAAAAAUGCACUUAAAAUCUUGAUAUAUUUAUUUGGGGGUUCGGCUGAAUGUACGUACUUCUCAGAAAGCAAGCCAUACUUUUUUUAGGAUGCCUCACAGAGGAAGAAGCAGAGCUAUCUUUGGGUCCCAUCAAUUAGAGAGCAAGCCUUUCUACUGCAAGGGCUACUUUGCACUACUCAUGACACUUCUGCAGUACGAUUGAAAAACAGUGAGGAAUAUUUUUAUAAAUAUUUUAUGUUUAGUCGCCAGUACAUAUUCUGAGCACACCUCUUGUUAGGAGGCUGUUUCGGACAGUGCCUUAAGUGCCAUAAGUGCUUUAUAGGUAGUGAGGAGGAAGUAAUUCAACCCUAGUUUAAAGGGGGCAGAACAGCAACCGCGGUGCAGAAAAUGCUCUGCGCAGCAUCUGUGAAAAAGAACAGUGUCAGUUAAACUUGGAACUAUACAGUGGAUCCCAACGUGAACUUUGUUGUCGCUAAAUUAACACUACGUUCUUAAGAGUCCAGGACACCAACAACAACAAAGCAUUAUAAUAAUUCAACCUGGUGAUUGUACAGGUGUUACCUCUGCAUUCGCAUUGUCAUUACAAGGGUUGGUCUAAACUUUACUGCAUUGUGCAAUUUAGAUGAAGUUCAUUUGGGCCCCAUUGUUGCACUCCUUGCCUUUGCGUUCUCACUGAAGAUAUUUUCGGACGUGAGUGUAUACAGAGAUGUUUUGUGCUGUACAUGUAGAAACAUGAUCGCCAGUCCUUAAAGAAGUCUGUGAACUAAAAAGGUAGCAAGAUGGUUUCACAUGGGGGAUCCUUUGAUCUCCUAGGAACCCUUACUGAUUUCAGUGAAGAAUUGUUGGAUGUUAUAACACUGUUAACCAAAAGAAUGAAAAUGCAGCUUGUUUUUCCAGCAUAUUCGUUUUACCUACAUUUUUAUUUUAAACUCCUUUUAUAUCAUAUGUUCCAUUCACAAUCUACUUUUGAAAACAAAACAGUAAAUAGAAGUAGCUGAUUUUUUUAUUGUUUUAAAUGUGUUAAUCACUACUGAAUUCUGAGUGUUGUGAUUGUUAUAAUUAUGGUGUAUUUUUUGGCUUGAAUGGUGGGAUUGUUAACACUACUUUCUUUUCACUGGUUUGUGCAUACGUACACUGAAGUGUUCACAUGCUGCAGAUUUUGGGCGAUGGGUCAUUUUUGCUCAAAUUUACAUCUGCUUGUUUCAUAUUUGUAUUGAUAAACUGUAAAAAACUGAUAAAUUGAUGUGUGGAUUCAUAAACUUCUCCAGUGUAUUUCUCUUUGUUUAAAACUUGUACUUUCUUUCUUUGUGGUGCUUCUAAUAUAUUGCUUCUAUACUUUAUAAUGCUGUUUUAUUUUUGGACUAAUUAUAAUUACUUUAUGUGAUGGAUGCUUUAAAAUUAUAAUGAGGAUUUGUUUCGUGAUAGCACCUUUGAUUACAAUGCAAGUUUGUUUUUUUACAGUAAAAGUUUUUAUUUUUAACAAUAAAAUGUUCAUUUGUAUUCUUGUAUUUGUUUCAGUAGCAUAUUAUAUACAGGCAGGGCAUCCAGGUUUAUCCAGAGGGAAAUGAAGGUCAAAUAUCAUGACUUAAUAUGUAAAAUGGCUUUAUUAUAACAGACAGUGGAACUGCCUUUUCAUUGAAAAAGCAGGUCUUCACAAUACAGUUUAGCAGACGAACAGAGGCUGUUAUUACUCUGAUAAAUGGAUGCCCACUGUGGGUAUUCCUGCAGUACAGUACACACUGUUGGUAUUUCUUAAUCUGGCAAGUUGCACAAAAGAAUUUCUUUCAGUGGCCAUUUUAGUUCCUGGAAAAAAAGUUACAAAAAUGUGAUAAAUUUUUCUUGCACAUCUAUGCAUGAAAUAAAGGCAUCCAGGUCAAUUAAUGUGACUGAAAAAGGCAACCAUCGGAAUCUGUACAAUAACACACUGUUUCAGCUGCAGUGCCUUGCAUAUUUUUCGGCCUUCGCAAUUAUGAACACAAAUUUCUGUGUGAACUGCUGCAUUGUGUGCUAAAUUAAUAAAAUUACUCAGCAUUAAAAGGUCA